AGAGAGAGAGAGAGAGAGAGAGAGAGAGCAUUCAGUAAACAUUAAGAAACGUGACAGCUGUUAUGAAUGGACGGACAUAAAAGAUUACACGCUUUACAAACUCACCGUGGGCCUGCAGGUCACACUGUAACCCAGCGCUGUGUGUGAGGAAGCAGACAUAAGGGUUUCAGUCUGUGUGUCCCAACAAAACAACGGUCCAGACAACGGUGCGUGAAAAGCGGAUGAAUUUUGGGCGGAGAGAAAGAGGGAAGAAAAACCCGAAAACACAGAGGAGCUCCAGCACGGUGUGACCGCCACCGCCAUGGCGCAUCUGCCGUGCAUCGGCAACCAGAACACUCGUCUGGAUCCUGAGCAGUAUUUCACCAAACUAGAGCGCAUUGGCAAAGGCUCCUUUGGAGAAGUUUACAAAGGAAUUAACAACCACACCAAAGAGGUAGUGGCUAUUAAGAUCAUAGAUCUAGAGGAGGCAGAGGAUGAGAUCGAAGACAUUCAGCAGGAGAUCACAGUUCUCAGCCAGUGCGACAGUCCCUUCGUCACCAAAUACUUUGGCUCCUACCUGAAGGGCACUAAGCUAUGGAUCAUCAUGGAGUAUUUGGGUGGUGGUUCUGCUCUAGACAUGCUAAAGCCAGGACCUCUGGAAGAGGCCUACAUCGCCACCAUUCUCCGAGAGAUCCUUAAAGGACUGGACUACCUUCACUCAGAGAGGAAGAUACACAGGGACAUUAAAGCUGCCAACGUCUUACUGUCAGAGCACGGAGAGGUGAAGCUGGCCGACUUCGGCGUGGCUGGUCAGCUAACAGACACACAGAUCAAGAGGAACACUUUUGUAGGGACGCCAUUCUGGAUGGCUCCUGAAGUCAUUAAACAGUCUGCAUAUGAUUUUAAGGCGGACAUCUGGUCAUUGGGCAUCACAGCCAUCGAGCUGGCCAAAGGAGAACCCCCGAACUCAGACCUGCACCCCAUGAGGGUUCUUUUCCUCAUCCCUAAGAACAACCCACCCACUCUGGAGGGUAACUACAGCAAGGCCUUUAAGGAGUUUGUGGAAGCGUGUCUUAACAAAGACCCACGGUUUAGACCAACAGCCAAAGAGCUGCUUAAGCAUAAAUUCAUCAGUCGCUACACCAGGAAAACAUCCUACUUAGCAGAACUGAUUGACCGCUACCGCCGCUGGAAGUCUGAGGGCCACGGGGAUGAGUCCAGCUCUGACGACUCCGACAUGGAUGGCGAAGGCGAUGAAGCAGAUCAGAGUCCUAUGUGGACGUUCCCUCCCACUGUAAGACAAACUUUGAACAAGCUUCAGAGAGGAAAUAACAACGCAGAGAGUAAGACAGUAGAUGUGAUGAAGAGACAACCGAAGUCCUCCUCACUCACGACACUUCUCAUACCUGCCUUUAGAGAGUUAAAAGAAAAGCGCCGUGUGACUGGAGGCAGUGUGUGUGCAUUAGAGGAGCUGGAGAAUGCCUUUAACCUGGCCGAGGAGUCGAGUCCGGGAAUCUCAGACCGUUUACUCACCCAUGUGGUGGAGAGAGUGUGCAGGUUUACACUUAAUGGGAACACGACACCUCCAAAGCGAUGAGCUCUUUGAGAGAAGAGUCUGCAUACGAUCAGACCACCUUUCCUCCUCAUGGUCACCUCUCCAACACCAUUUAUAAAAGGCCUGGACCUUUUCAUCAAUGCCACCCAUAUUAUUAUUAUUAUUAUUAUGGCACAUUAUGGGAUGUGUUCCAUCCAUUUUCUUUAUAGAAUAAUGAUUGCUUUUACAAAGUCAAGCUCUGUGUAUUGCAGGAUGUGAUGUUAGACUUUACCAUAUUAAUAAACCACAAGGAUACAAAGAUAUGAAGCUGUUUUGUUUUGAAGAACAGAAACAAAGGCAUUAACUGCAUUAUGAAUGAUGGAAACCAUUAGAAAGAAAAAGAAUGAUUUCAAUCUCGGAUCCCAAUUAAUACCAGAUUUGUUUUUUAUUAGUUAUCUUUUAAAUGUAGACUGACUACAGCAACAUGGUACACAAUAAAUAGGAGCAUCGUGCAACAGAGAAAGGAGCAAAGGAUGGUGUUCAGAUUGACUCUGAAUGAUCGCUUUGAUAAAACUCAUUCUAAACUCUAAAUGUGACGUGUGAAAAUGCAAACUUCUUUUUACGUUAUGAAGGAAUAGAGACAAGACAGAAAUAUUACAAAUUCCAGUUUUGGUAAGAAGUGUACAAAAGUAAAUGAGAACCAAACAGAGGUCUGGUGAAACUGCAAAUAAUCCAGGAUUCAUGAACUGUGCAUAAUAUCUGCUUACUUAUAUUUUUUUUAAAAAAAGAGUAGCCAUAUAGUCACCAGUACCGAUUGAUUUGUGGCUGAAAAAACCUCAGCCUAGGUUUUCAGUCUUAUACGAGACAUUAGGUCUUUGGUUGGACCCAAUACAGCAUUCAUUUCCCAAUGUAACAGCCUAGUGAAGACUAUGAUUCAUUCAAUAUAAUAGAUCAAAUCUCCCAAAUAAGAUCGGAUUCAUUUACAGUUAAUCUCAGCCCUUAUGAGUAAACAUAACAUAGCAGUUUCAAAACUCUUAAAGGUUUACUUCAGGUGAAAAUUAAAUGUACACAGGUUUAUCCAUAUACCAAUACAGUUGAUCAGCCAAGAAGUGUUUGGUGUCUGAUAUUUGCUUCAGUUUCGCACUUAUAGCUUUUAUUUGAUGUGGUUUCUGACUAUAUGGCACAUAGUAAUGUAUUAAAAAUAGAACAGAAGUAAUUCACAUAGCAAAAAAAAAACAGUAGUAGCAGCCACACUGAAGCCAGAAUCACUGUCCUCCUCAGCACAAUUUGAUGUCACUCCACACAAGCAUCAGACUCGAGAAGAGGUUUGCAUUACAUGAAAUUAAUUUCUUCACAGACUUAUUUUUUUAUUUACUGAAACCUUUUGUUCGUCGAGGUGAGCGUGUGAGGGUAUAUCCUUAUAGUGUUCAUGCAGAACCAAAGUUUAAUUACCAAACCUGUCUUGGGUAACCAAUAGCAUCUAGGUACUUGGAAAAUACCGUGUAAAUAAAACUGUUCACAGAAAUAUUCCUUUAAAAGUAACUUUUCUUCACCAUAUGAUAACCCAAAUAUUUACAUAAAAGAACUGGCCCUUAUAGCGGAAAAAAAGAUUAAUAAUAAUAAUAAUAAUAAUAAUAAUACAGAUAACAGCAUAAACUGUACUUCAACAUUUCUCUAUGAUCUAAAAAAAAAAAGAAGAAAGAAACUGAUGAAACUUCAUCACACUGACCUUUUUUUUGGUUUAAGCAUGUGAAUCGUAACUUUAAUGAGACCAGUUACCCACAUGGCCCAUAUUCCCUUAUUCACAAUUAGUGUGCAGGAGAAGAGGAGAAUUCAGCAGAGCCGCAUGUUUAAUAGAAACUGAUGUUAACUAUCCUGACCAGAAAGACUAGUUAGCUUUUGUGUUAGUGAGCACCAGGAUUAAGACUGGAUGCAUACUCGAGGUGCUGACUCCCUCUUGUGGAUCUCCAGAAAGAAAUGAAAUAAAAUAAAAUAAAAUUUAGAGAUGAGAAGUGUGCAUAAAUGCAUCGUCAGUAACAAAACUGUUAAAUAUUCUCUGAACGAGCCUUUUCAAUAUAUCUCAAUAUUUCUUACAUUUACAUAAGUCGAAGCGGUUCCACAUAUAACUGUUAAUUAACCAGGCAUUUUAAUAAAGGGUAAGAACAAUAAGGUCACUAAAGUCUUACUGUGGAACUGAACAGGAGCACAAACUCACUACAGACUCUACUCACUUGUGUCCACACCAGAUCACCUAUUAUUCUGUCACUCAUUAAUUCCAGUGCCCUUAAUUCAAUACCAUCCCUUGUCCUUUUUUUUUUUUUUUUU